AAAAUUCACUGUGCAGUUGUCAGGCUAUAGAAAUAGAAAUGUCACACAGAAAUAUUACAAGAUAUUAGCCUUGUCAUGGGUCGUCUGCCAUUGCGCCAUUUUUGAAUUCCAAUAAGUAGAUGAAAUAAAUUAGUCUAACAGCAUCAUUUAUUCAUAUACCAAUUACCAACUGUUAAUAGAGGCAGUGUAGCAUGGAGGCAGACUUGUGCUGUAACUUUAAAAGAUGCCGGAAAAGGUUGAGUACCUUUGCUUGGGUGACAUCCUGUUCACACAUAUUCUGUGACGAAGAUGGAACAAGGGAGUUUAACGAAGCAUUCACUUGCCCUGCAUGUCAAACCAGUCUCUCAGGGAAAUUGGAUAUUAUAAGGAUUGACCUACAACCUACUGAGCAAUACAAGUCAAUGGUGCUGUCUGGAUUAAAGCCUGAAACCAUUAUGGAGAUCUGCACCAGAUCAAUGGCAUUCUGGACGUACCAGUCCCAUCAGGAGAGAGCCUAUCAGGAAUAUGUGGCUAAAAAGUCAAAAGAUCGUAUCUCUCAAUUGGAGCAAUGCUAUGAAACACUCGCAAAGAAGUCAUCAGCUGAAAUCCAAGCAUUGAAGCUUCAGAUAUCAAGCGUUCGAAAGGAACUUGAUUCAAAGAACACACAAUACAACACAGCCUCUGAGAAAUUCAUGGAAAAGUCACGACAGUAUCAGAAGCUACAAGCCCUCUAUGAUGCCUUGCGUAGGAAAAGUAUCAAUCCAUCUGAUUUUGAAAACCAGACGCAGAUUAAUAUGAACUCUAAUGAUACAAGAAGUGAACGGUCAUUCAAUAUAGCCAUGAUUGGUUCUGGUGGGGAUGCCUUUACAAGACAAACUAAUAGAAGGUAUUCCAUCAUGUCUCCACCAGAGAUGGACUUUGUUCUACAACCAAGGAGUACCCCUUUAAUCUCACGGCAAAGAUCAUCAGUUGAUGAUAUGCAGCGGCAAUUUGCAAUAGAUAAUCUACUGUCUACCCCAAGUGUUGAUAGACGAAGGAAUUCCUAAGCUUAAACAUUAAAUAAGCAAUUUCAGACUAAAAACAUAAAACCUCCAUACAGUCAGUGUUUGUUUAGGAGAAAUGUUUGUAUAGCUUGCUUGGGGAAACUAAUGUUGACGGAAGAUCAGGAAUUUGACACUCGUGUCACUCACUCAGUAUUAUCCCAAGGGAUGUAAUUUCAAAUGUUUAUUUGCUGUAAUAAGGAAUAACUAGUAUUUGACUAGCUGUUAAAUUAUUGUUCCCAUGGUCGGAAAUUGAUUGACUAGUUUGCCCAGGGUAAGGACUUUGACAUCCAAAUUUUUAUUAUGUCAAAAUCUUGUGUAAACCUUUGAAUGGUGCAUUGCAUUACAGGGAGCCAAGGGGUUAUCGAGUUGGCUGAGCAUUCUAGAGUACUGAACACACUUAGUUAGGCACUGUCGCUGUAAUCAUGAGGUCAUGACUUUGAGACGUGUGAGCUUCUUGCGUUUAUUCAAUCUUCCCAAGUACACG